GCCCGCCCGUGCGCGGAGGCGGCUCUGAGCGCCCGCUCCGCGGCAUGCCCCGCGCCCCGCCGCCCGCCUGAGCCGCCCCGCGCCGCCCCGCUCCGCUCCGCGCCCCAGCCGAGCGGUCCCUCCCCCCCCCCUCCCCCGGCCCCCGUUUUCUCCGGGGGCGCGGGGAGAAACUUGUUUUCAACAAGUUUUGUUUUUUUUUUUUUAAAUUUUAAUUUUUCUUUUUUUUUUUUUUUUUUUUUCCUCUUCCCCCCUCCCCUUCCCUCUCCGUUCUCUCCGCGCGUGAAUUGUUUUAGCCCCCUCUCCCCCUUUCGAUGUGCGGCUUUGGACAUGCGGAGGCUACUGCAACCGUGUUGGUGGAUCUUUUUCUUGAAAAUCACCAGCUCCGUGCUGCAUGAUGUGGUGUGCUUCCCCGCUCUGACUGAAGGUUAUGUUGGCUCUCUGCAUGAAAACAGACAUGGUAGUUCUGUGCAGAUACGGAGGCGAAAGGCUUCGGGGGAUCCUUACUGGGCAUACUCGGGUACCUAUGGUCCCGAGCACUGGGUUACUUCUAGUGAGAAGUGCGGAGGGUCUCACCAGUCUCCCAUAGACAUCGUAGACCAUCAGGCUCACGUCGGAGAUGAGUACCAAGAACUGCAGCUUGAUGGUUUUGACAAUGAAUCUUCUAACAAGACUUGGAUGAAAAACACAGGAAAAACGGUUGCUAUCCUGCUGAAGGACGAUUAUUUUGUCAGUGGUGCCGGGCUGCCAGGCAGAUUCAAGGCAGAGAAGGUGGAGUUCCACUGGGGUCAAAGCAAUGGAUCAGCAGGCUCUGAGCACAGCAUCAAUGGCAAGAGGUUCCCUGUUGAGAUGCAGAUUUACUUCUACAAUCCUGAUGACUUUGACAGUUUUGGAACAGCAGUUCUAGAAAACAGGGUAGUAGGAGCCAUGGCCGUGUUUUUUCAAGUCAGUCAGAGGGACAAUCCAGCACUGGAUUCCAUUAUCCAUGGGUUGAAGGGCGUCGUACAUCACGAGAAGGAGACCUUUCUGGAUCCCUUUGUGCUGAGGGACCUUCUGCCGGCAUCGCUGGGGAGUUACUACCGCUACGCAGGUUCCCUGACGACUCCUCCAUGCAGCGAGAUUGUGGAGUGGAUUGUUUUUCGGAAGCCUGUUCCCAUUUCUUACCAUCAGCUGGAGGCUUUCUACUCCAUAUUCACCACUGAGCAACAAGACCAUGUCAAGUCCGUAGAGUACCUGAGGAAUAACUUCCGACCACAGCAAAGCCUGAACAACAGGAAGGUGUCUAAGUCUGCUGUGAAGGAUGCUUGGAGCCAAGAUAUGACAGACAUCUUGGAAAAUCCACUCGGCACAGAAGCUUCCAAAGCUUGCAGCACUCCCCCGGUCAACAUGAAAGUGCAGCCUGUGAACAGGACAGCGUUGCUUGUAACCUGGAACCAACCAGAGACCAUCUACCACCCUCCAAUCAUGAACUACAUGAUCUCCUACAGCUGGACUAAAAAUGAAGACGAAAAGGAGAAGACUUUCACCAAGGACAGUGACAAGGACCUGAAGGCCAUCAUUAGCCAUGUCUCACCUGACAUCCUUUAUCUGUUCAGAGUUCAAGCAGUUUGCCGAAAUGAAAUGCGUAGUGACUUUAGCCAGACUAUGCUCUUUCAAGCUAACACUACUCGAAUUUUCGAGGGGACCAGAAUUGUGAAAACAGGAGUGCCCACGGCCUCUCCUGCCUCCUCAGCCGACAUGGCUCCCAUCAGUUCUGGCUCCUCCACAUGGACCUCCUCGGGGCUCCCCUUCUCCUUUGUGUCCAUGGCCACGGGGAUGGGGCCUUCCUCCAGCGGAAGCCAGGCCACCGUGGCCUCGGUGGUGACCAGCACCUUGCUGGCGGGGCUGGGCUUCAGCGGUGGCGGCAUCUCCUCCUUCCCCAGCAGCGUGUGGCCCACCCGCCUCCCGGCGGCGGCUGCCCCCAGCAAGCAGGCCGGCCGGCCGGUGGUAGCUACCACAGAGGCCCCGGCCGCCGCCUCCCCAGGGCCAGAGCGGGACUCGGCGCUGACGAAGGACAGCGAGGGAGCCGAGGAGGGGGAAAAGGAUGAAAAGAGUGAAAGUGAGGACGGAGAGAGGGAGCAUGAGGAAGAAGAUGAAAAGGAUGCCGAGAAGAAGGAGAAAAGCGGGGCGACAGCAGCUGCGGAGGCGCGCAAUAGCACAGAGCCCAGUGUGGCUACGGCUUCCCCCAACCGAACUGCUGAGGAGGAAGGAAAUAAAACCAUAUCGGGUGAAGAGCCAAACCAAAACGUUGCCCCCAAGGCUGGACACCCUGAGGAGAGUUUUACUGAAGCAGAUGCUCAGCCCCAGCCUCUCCCUUCCACCCAAGUGCCGCCAACAUUCACCAACGAACUUUACCUAGGGAAGAUCCCAAGAAGACCAGAGACAACAAGAAAACCUCCUCCAAAGGAUGACAGGUUUCCAGAGGAAUACCCCUCAGAUAACAAAUUCAUCACCAUUAACCCAGCUGACAAGAACAGCUCCAGCAUGGCCACGAGACCUUCUCCUGGUAAAAUGGAAUGGAUCAUCCCACUUAUUGUGGUCUCAGCACUGACCUUCGUGUGCCUCAUUCUUCUCAUUGCUGUGCUUGUCUACUGGAGAAAGUGUUUUCAGACUGCCCAUUUCUAUGUGGAGGACAGCAGCUCACCCCGUGUGGUCCCCAAUGAAAGUAUUCCCAUUAUACCUAUUCCAGAUGAUAUGGAAGCAAUUCCAGUCAAGCAGUUCGUUAAACACAUCAGUGAGCUCUAUUCUAAUAACCAGCAUGGGUUCUCAGAAGACUUUGAGGAAGUGCAACGCUGUACAGCCGACAUGAACAUCACUGCAGAGCACUCCAACCACCCCGACAACAAGCACAAGAACAGAUACAUCAACAUCCUAGCAUAUGAUCACAGUAGGGUGAAGCUAAGGCCUUUACCGGGAAAGGAUUCUAAGCACAGUGACUACAUUAAUGCUAAUUACGUUGAUGGUUACAACAAAGCAAAAGCCUACAUUGCUACCCAGGGACCUUUAAAGUCUACCUUUGAAGAUUUCUGGAGGAUGAUUUGGGAACAAAAUACUGGAAUCAUUGUCAUGAUCACAAACCUUGUCGAAAAAGGAAGAAGAAAAUGCGACCAGUACUGGCCGUCAGAGAAUAGCGAGGAGUAUGGCAACAUAAUAGUGACGCUGAAGAGCACAAACAUUCACGCCUGCUACACUGUGCGCCGCUUCACAGUCAGGAACACGAAGAUGAAAAAGGGUCAGAAAGGAAACCCAAAAGGGCGCCAGAAUGAGAGAACAGUUAUUCAGUAUCACUACACUCAGUGGCCUGACAUGGGUGUGCCGGAGUAUGCUCUGCCUGUGCUAACCUUCGUUAGGAGAUCCUCUGCAGCCAGAACCCCAGACAUGGGACCAGUGGUUGUGCACUGCAGUGCUGGUGUUGGCAGAACUGGUACCUACAUUGUGAUAGACAGUAUGCUGCAACAGAUAAAAGACAAAAGCACAGUUAAUGUCCUGGGUUUCCUGAAACAUAUCAGGACACAGCGCAACUACCUCGUCCAGACAGAGGAGCAGUACAUUUUUAUUCAUGAUGCCUUGUUGGAAGCCAUCCUUGGGAAAGAGACUGAAGUAUCUGCAAACCAGCUGCACAGUUAUGUUAACAGCAUCCUCAUACCCGGCAUAGGAGGGAAGACACGACUAGAGAAACAGUUCAAGCUGGUUACACAGUGUAAUGCAAAAUACGUGGAAUGCUUCAGUGCUCAGAAAGACUGCAACAAAGAGAAAAACAGGAACUCAUCAGUCGUGCCGUCUGAGCGUGCUAGAGUGGGCCUGGCACCGCUGCCUGGAAUGAAGGGAACUGAUUACAUUAAUGCCUCUUAUAUCAUGGGCUACUACAGGAGUAACGAGUUCAUCAUAACCCAACAUCCGCUGCCACAUACAACUAAAGAUUUCUGGCGAAUGAUCUGGGAUCACAAUGCACAGAUCAUCGUCAUGCUGCCGGACAACCAGAGCCUGGCAGAAGAUGAGUUUGUGUACUGGCCAAGUCGCGAGGAAUCCAUGAACUGUGAGGCCUUUACUGUGACCCUUAUCAGCAAAGACAGACUGUGCCUCUCUAAUGAAGAGCAAAUUAUCAUCCAUGACUUUAUCCUUGAAGCUACCCAGGAUGACUACGUUCUGGAAGUCCGCCACUUUCAGUGUCCUAAAUGGCCAAACCCAGAUGCUCCCAUAAGCAGUACCUUUGAACUUAUCAAUGUAAUCAAGGAAGAGGCCUUAACAAGGGAUGGCCCCACCAUAGUUCAUGAUGAGUAUGGAGCUGUGUCAGCGGGAACGCUAUGUGCCCUUACCACUCUGUCCCAGCAGCUGGAGAAUGAAAAUGCUGUCGAUGUUUUCCAGGUGGCAAAGAUGAUAAAUCUUAUGCGGCCUGGAGUAUUUACAGACAUUGAGCAGUACCAGUUUCUUUACAAGGCGAUGCUAAGCUUGGUCAGCACUAAGGAAAAUGGAAACGGUCCCAUGACACUGGACAAAAACGGUGCUGUGAUGGCCAGUGAUGAGUCAGAUCCCGCAGAAAGCAUGGAGUCUCUUGUCUAAUUGGAAACCUGAAAAGGCACUUAAUUUGUAGAACUUCUGAAGACUGAGCGAACUUUUUUGAGGCCUUUUUUGCCAGACUCUAGGUUAUACAAUAACCCAAUUACUUUUUUACACUGAUAAAAGUUUUGAUAUUUAUUUUUUGCCAUUUUAUGUCUUAAUGGUAUCCUACUGAGCAUUUGCACCUCUGUUUAUUUCACACAGUGAAACGCAAUUUUAUCUAGUUUGCACUAUAUGAUCAGUGUUACUGCCUAUAAUAUUCUAAUACAAAACAAGCCCCGAUGUGACAUUCCAUGACAACAAACAUGCUUUUUCUGUUUCGUUUAAAUGCAGUGAAGUUUUGCUGACUACAGUGACCCUUGAAUCUUAAAUCUUGAAUGCUAGGCCAGGUGGAUUCUUUCUACGACAGAUACUGUACCCCUUCAUACCAUAUUUAUUAUUUUAAUUAUCAUGUCACAGUUUUGUGAUGGUAUUCUGCAUUCCAGUGGAGUGGAUGAGCAGCGUUCAUCCUUUUUUGACAAAAUGUGGCAGGUGAUUAUUAGCUACAGUGAAGGUGUAAUAGCCUUGUGGAGCAGAAACAAUUAUUUCUGUAUUGUUUCACAUUGCUGUUUGUACACUCACAGACAUAAGACUUGCUUCACAUGGAAUAUACGAAUUACAUACAAUAUAAUUAUAAAUUAGAUGCGAUUCAUAUGUGGGACACAGUGAUAGGUUUUGAACUUACAGUUUCAAAGUUUCCCCAUUUACUCAGAAAAAUGUCAAUUUUAGUUUUUUAACUGGCCCCGUGUUGGGAAAGUAUUUUGUUUUUAUUUUCAUCAGAGCCAAUACAGUAAGAAAUCUACUAUAACCCAAAAUCAGACCUGUUUUCAGAUAUAUCGAAGGUAGCAAUAUUUUACAUUACUAAGCUAUUCAAUAUUUUAAACACAUUAAUUUCCUUACUAUUUCUUGAAUAUGACCUCACACCUAAUGGUAUGUUACAUGAUGACAGGCGUUUCUUAAUUUCAUAACUGUUAGAUGCCAUUUUUACAGGUGUGUAAUUUUCAUACUUUAGUGCUAAAACAUAAAGUACUGAUCCAUAUUUACUGGUGAAGCAAACUAAUAAAAAAACUACCUAUAAAGUUCCAUUCUCCCUCUUUUUAUUUUGCCAGACUAAUUCUUUAGCACAAACCUAGUUUAUUGUGUUUUCCCUCCCACACCCCUGAAGUGUUUUUCCUCCAGAUUAUAUAAAUAAUUUGAAUUAUUGUUUGGAGCAUUUAAUUAUACAUUUUUAUUGGCUCCCUUUUGUAUUUGGUUGCAAUUCAACAAGGCUCAUCCUCAUUUAACAAAAGAAGUAAGCACAUACUUAAUUCUCCUGAGAGUUAAAGCUAAUCAUGUCCUUCAUAGCUCUGCUGAGUAGGGAGGGGUUAUUGAAUCUGCCUUGAGAACGAACUGUGUCGUUUCAACCACCCUGACAUUUGGUAUACAGUUACAGGCACUAUCCCAUAUUUAUGGCAUUAAUUUCUUCUAAAUUUCAACUGCACAAAACCUGCAUUGUAUUUUUCAGGACUUGUCAAAAUAUUACAGCAUAUAUUUCAUUUAAUGUAAAACCAUCAAUUUCUGCCACUCCGGCCUUGCUAGGAUACAGAAAUGUGGCAAGGAAAAACCCACUUAUUCUGUUGGAGGGGGGAGGGCGAGGAGGAAGCUUAGCUAAGAGGAAGGUUCUGUGGAUUUUUUACACAGAAGGAAGCUGAAAGUGGAAUUUAUAUCGAAAGCAAGCAUUUUGGUUGAGAACCUCAUGAGGUACAAACUGAGAGCAGAGGAGCUACACGAACUGGUAUGUGCUAACAUCUGGCCUUUUAUUUUUAAUAAGGGAAAGAUUUCCUAUUAUGGAUGCACUUGAUUAAUUCCAGCACCAAUAUAUUUAAGAGUUCAUCAGCAACCUUUUGCAUAGUUACCUUUUACUUAAUCAAUUUGUUGAAUUCCCUCGAUACAAGUGGUCCAAAUAACUGCUAAUGCUGAACAGUGGAAUAUAUCCAUGGUUUCUCUAGGGAAAUGCCAUGUCCAGCACCAGCUAGUCCAAAUAAAACGUGCAAAAUUUUCCAAAUGUAGUUUGCAUCCCCUUGCCCUGGGACAGCCCCACACCGAGUGAGUCAGUUUACGUGUGGUAGGAGUUGAGUCGGGCUCCCUGGUCGCUACAGCCCAGUGAGGAGAAGGAAUUGUUGCAGUAAGUUUUCAGGCAUCGCUGCCUGCCAGCAAGGUUUUGCCGAGGGUGUGCUGAGCAGUGCGUGCUGGCACGAGGCUGCUGAGCCCCCCCUUGCACCCCCAGCCGUGAUCCCAGCCCCAGGCAAUUCCAGCCGGUACGGGGGAUUUUGCUCAGUUCAACCUGAAGUGUUUAAGUUCCUGGGGAGGUGUAGAGAGAAGGAAUGAGUUCAGACCCUGACAAGAGCAAAGUGACACAGAUUACUGCAGGCAUCGAGAGGGUUGGAUUUGCUCAGUACUUUUAGCUGAUUACUUUUCAUUUCAGUGGCAUGAUGGAAGAUAACUGUGGCUCGUGACACGCUGUCUGAAUACCCCUGGUUUAAUCCCUUACCUUCUCACGAGUUUUAAAAAUCAAUGAAGGAAGGCUGUGGGGUUGAACUUUGGUAGACGCUUUGGAAAUUCAUGUAUUUGCAUUGGCAUUUUCCCACAUCUGAAACACUUGCUUGGGGCUUAAUCCAUGAGGAAGUAAUUUACACUGAUGUCGUAUGACUUCUCCAUGGAUUUUUUCUUAGGGGGGGAUUAAGCUGUGUGUUAAGAGCUGUGUUAACAGUCAGAUAACCAAUAGAUGAUGCAUUAGGCUUGAAGUGGAUGAAGCUAGGAAUUGCUUGUAAAGGUCAGGAUUAGGAGCGUGUUAGAGCCAAAUCUGUCCUGCUGUAAGCAGCUGCAGUCCUGCUCUCCUCCAUGGACUUGCCCCUCUUUCCCUGGGACUGCAGAAGGACUGAAUGUGUUGCGUUCAGAGGUCUGCGCUUGCAGCUCCCCGCUGAGAUGCUCUCGGGUCUGUCUGGCCAAGCCCCACGCUGCGCAUCGCAGCCUUGCUUUCGCCACGCCAGCCCUCGCGCUGUAACCACGUCUUGGCAUUUGCUCGGGACAUUUUUCAAGCAUCAGAAGCUCCCAAGCAAUGUGCAGGCCUGCAAAUUAGGAGUGCGUAAGUGUAUCCCCGUAAAAUGUCCUCAGCAACAGCCCUGAGGAACAAGGAAGCACUGGAUGGAAGUGUGUGUGCAUGUGUGUCUACAUUUCUAAGAUAUGAUUUCUCCAUCUCUUGCAUGUGUUUGCACCUGCAGACCAUGUGAAAGACAUAAAAGACUUCUAUGUGUCGAGCCCAUAAAAAUAGCCAAGCUUUCCAAGAGGGAAUGCUUGGAAAGCUGCUGUGUCAUUGUAACAUCUGAAACUGGUGACACCCCUGGACGUGAGUGACGUGGCAUUGACUUGGCAUGGGCACGAGGCGCUGGAAGGGCUGGUAGGACUGCCCGCACACACAGGUUAGCAGGCUGAUUCUUCAGCAAGACCAAGCUCUAAAAUCUUUCACUUCAAAGCAGCAUUUGUCCUUAGUAUUUCAAAGUGUCCGUUCCCAAAUCUGCAUUUAGGAACAGGAAAAAAAAAUCCCAAACCCUUGACCUACUUCCCGUGUGCGACUGUUUCCGUGCUGUGGGUCUGUUCAAGGUUAGUGGACUCCUUCACAGGAUCUGCAACUUUUCAGUUGUUUUUCCAGUUUCUGACUGCUUGAAUUGCUUGAACCCCGAGUGAUGUAUUGGAACAUUAGGAGAAGACUCUUUGUGAAACAGCACAACUGCCUUCUUAGUAAUCUUUUUUUUUAAGCUGAUAUAUUUUAUUUAAAAGCUAAAAAUAUAGAUAUCAAUUCUACCAAAGAUACAUACUACUAAUUCUCAGCAAAACAAAACCGACUUAAUUUAAAAAAAAAUAAAAUGUAGUUGUCUUAAAGAUUUAGCAAUCUUUCUCAAAUUCAUGUCUUUGGACAUCAAACCCUGAGUUUUGAAGUUUAUGUUCAAAUGGUGCCAGUGAAUUUUUAUAUGAAGGGAAAAUGCCGAUUUGUUAAUCCACUGCAUUGCUGUUCUUUCUUUUCUCUUUUUUUUUUUCUUUUUUUUAAUUUUUGACAGACGUAAUUCAACUCUUAUUGUUACCCCUUUGCUUUUCUUCUCUUUGUUGCCAUUUUAACAAUGUGAACUGCAUUGGCUUUACUUAUCAAAGGAGAAGGAAUGCAAAGAUAGAGAAAGAGAAGGAACUGUAAUGACGAGAUUUGGCCUCUACUUUGUCUUAGCUGUUAAACUGUUUUUAGUGUUUUUGUUAACUCUUUGCAAAGGGAAGCAUUUUCUACAGAGGAUAAUUAAUUUCAAGAAAAAUAUCUUGAGUUUUAAGAAUAAACGUCUCCAAAAGAGGAGAUAGUCAAUUUUAUACAAUGUCACAACUCUCCAACAUUUGGGGUAGUGACUUUUUUUGUUGUGUUAGAACAUUUGAAACUAGCAAGCAGCCAUUGUUUCUAAAGACCUAAGCAUUCGUGUCUACUCAUAUUUUCUUUUCCUUCAUUUUUAAAUAGCGAAACCAUUAAAACUGUAAAUAUUUUGUUGCUUGGAUAAGCAUCUUCUGGGAACUUUGUAUCUAUGGUAUAUAAUCAUAGAAUUUUAUAUUUUCAUAUAAAGCUAAUUUUUUUCUAGUUUCACCUCCUUCCUAGUUCUGUGGUGGCUAUGUGAAUACAUACCUUCUGUGUAUCAAGGUAGUGAGACACCAUCAUCACACUCCAAAAAGAUUUCCACACAUGUCAUUUCUUUGGGGCAGUGAUUGUGAAAGUUGGAUUUUUUUUCGAUUCCAUUGUCAGUGUGUGCAAUAGGAAUUAGACUUAGCCAGUCACUGGAUACGUUUGUCUCAUUGAUCCAUUCAGAAAAAAAAAAUGUGGUGUUUGCUUUUGGGACAGGGUGGGAGGGAGUAUUUUGAGGGAGAUUUUUUGUUUUGUUUGUUUUGGGUUUUUUUGUAACUUGAAGGAUCUUCUUUUUGUUAUGUUUAAAACUAUAUCAAAUCAUUCUAUUAUAGUGUUAUUUAAUAUGUAAAUUGUAUUGCUAUACAUAAAAUAAAGUAUGGUUUUUGAUGUA